UAGAAUUAAAGAGAAAUGUCAACGAUACAAUCUCUAGAUACAUUAAUUUUUUAUUUUUUUAUUUAUUUACAGUCUCCUAACCCUAACCCUAACCCUAACCCUAACCCUUCCUCCUCCUACCCUCCCUUUCACUUCCCCAACUUCGACCUCCCUCUCCCUCCCCACCCCCACCACCGCUCCAUCUCCUUCCCCACCCAACCCAUCCCUCCCCCUUCCAACCCCAACGCCGGCGCCCGCCUCAUGACCCUCCUUGGUAACACCUCCCCCACCCCGCCGCAGCCCCCGCCGCUCGAGUUCGUCCCCUUCUCCUCCUCUGCCGUCCUCGCCGCUGCCUCCGCCGCUUCCGCGGCCCUCACGCGCCUACCCAGCAGUAAGGUCCCCAAGGGAAGACACUUGGCCGGGGAGCUCGUGACUUACGACGUCGACGUGAGUCUGCCCGGCGAGGUCCAGCCCCAGCUCGAGGCGGCUCCGAUUACGAAAUACGGGUCGGAUCCUAACCCGGUUCUGGGGAGGCAGAUUGCCGUGAAUAAGUCGUAUAUAUGCUAUGGCUUGAAACAGGGGAACAUUAGGGUGCUUAAUAUUCACACUGCUGUCAGGUCCUUGCUCAGAGGCCACACUCAGAGGGUCACAGACUUGGCAUUCUUUGCUGAAGAUGUUCAUCUCUUGGCUAGUGUUGGCACAGAUGGCCGUGUCUACGUGUGGAAGAUCACUGAAGGCCCAGAUGAUGAAGAUAAGCCUCAAAUUACUUCCAAUAUUGUUAUUGCUCUUCAAAUAGUGGGGGAGGAGAAAGUUGAACAUCCUCAAAUUUGCUGGCACUGCCACAAACAAGAGAUAUUGAUAGUUGGUAUGGGAAAACAUGUUUUAAGGAUUGAUACCACAAAAGUUGGAAAUGGUGAAGCCUUUGUGGUAGAUGAUCCUCUGAGAUGUCCUGUGGAUAAGCUCAUUGAUGGGGUUCAGCUGGUAGGCACACAUGACGGGGAGGUGACUGAUUUGUCGAUGUGCCAAUGGAUGACCAAUCGAUUGGUAUCUGCGUCACAAGAUGGCACGAUAAAGAUCUGGGAAGAUCGCAAGACCCAACCACUUGCGAUUUUGAGACCACAUGAUGGGAAUCCGGUUUUUUCUGCUACAUUUUUUACUGCUCCUCACCAGCCUGAUCAUAUUGUCCUUAUCACAGCGGGACCACAAAAUCGGGAAGUAAAGCUUUGGGUCUCAGCAAGUGACAAAGGUUGGGUGCUCCCAAGUGACACUGAAUCAUGGAAAUGCACUCAGACAUUGGAGUUGAAGAGUUCAGCUCAACCUUCUAUGGAUGCAUUCUUUAAUCAAGUUGCAGCAUUGUCUCAUGCAGCAGGUCUGCUUUUACUUGCAAAUGCCCAGAGGAAUGCUAUAUAUGCUGUGCAUUUAGAAUAUGGUUCUAAUCCAGAAUCAACACGCAUGGAUUAUAUAGCCGAGUUUACUGUGACCAUGCCCAUUCUGAGUUUUACUGGGACCAGUGAUAUAUUGCCUCAUGGUGAACAUAUUGUUCAGGUUUAUUGUGUUCAAACACAGGCUAUUCAGCAGUAUGCUUUGGAUCUGGCUCAGUGCUUGCCUCCGCCAUAUGAAAAUGUGGGACUAGAGAAUUCAGAUUCCAGUGUUUCACGCGAUCCUAUUACUGUUGAAGGAUUCCACUCUUUAGAUUCUUCUGCAGGUAGAACAACUGAAAUGUCUUUAGCCAGUUCUGCUCCCAAAACAAUGUUACAAACAAGUAGUAAUGAGGGUGGACUUGUGGCACGAUACCCUUUAAGCUCUGGCCAUGUUGAGGCACCUAUUUCUAGAGGAAUCAGCAGUUCAAAUAUUGAAGCUAAACCUGCUACGUUACGGUCGGUUUCCCUCUCACCCAGGCUUAUUGCUGGCUCAUCACUGGUCAGUUCAGGAUUGACAAUGAAAGCGAUAGUUAAAAAAUUUCAGUCAAAAUUCAGGAAAGUUAGGGAAGCAAUGAGUCGAUGGGAUAAGCUUCAAUCUUGCUUAAUUUCUCAGUUUAGGAAUGCUUUCCAUAUUGUUGAUAGGUUGCAGGUGCUUCAAAAUUCCAACAAUUAUGGUGUUUUAAAUUGUGCCAGUGGCAUGAAAGAUGCUCUUUUGGUAAAGCAGAUUGAAUCUUUGAGGAACAUCUUGGUUUCCAUGCGAAAGACUCUGGAAGAAUUUCAUUGUAUUGUCUUAUCUCUUGACAAAAUUCACCAUGAUAGUAGACAACAAGUGAAAGGUGGUUCUUGUAUUCUGAACAUGAAACAAUUGCAGCAACAAAUUGGCAUCAAACCUAGUCUUAUCUAUUGCUUGGAUAGCCUGAUGUUUAUACAUGAGAUAUACAACUCUGAGUAUUUAUUAAAGUCAUCAGUGAUCUCAGCACUAUCAGAAAUUGCCUUGAAGCCCAGUGACAGUGAUCUUGGUGCACUUCAGCAACUCUUGGUUGAUCAACCCAAUCUCCAAACUGUGGAAGUUCAAUUUGUAUUUGAUGUGAUAUUUGCCGAGGAACUGAGUUGAUGAUUCUCUCUACUAUGGAUGUUGACUUGGGACCAGGGGAUGCCUGAACUUUUAUACAUCAAGGGAGCUUUUUGAUCUUCCAGGAACGAUUGUUGAUGCAGAAUGAGUUAAGAUUAUUGUUGUUAUUUAAGGAUUGUUACUUUAUUUUAGAAAUGUUAUCUUUAUUUAAUGAUUUUUGUAAGAAAUAGAUUAUCAUAUUAGGACUUUUAAUUUGUUUUGAAUAGAUUAGGAUUUUAUAUUAUAGAAAACUAAUAUAUCAUUAGGAUUUGGGUUAAAGAUGCACGUUUGCAAAUAUAAGGAACCUUAAGGAGCAGUUUUUUUAGGAACUAAAUGUGUGUAUUUGUAUAUUUAGAGAAACUAAAAAUAUAGUUAAUCCUUGGAAAUUGAAAUUUUAUAUUUGAUUAGGGAUUAAUUCC